AACACCCGACACUUGAGCUCGCCAGUAAUCACUGGUGUCGACCUGGAGUUUGGAAGAACAAAGUUUUGUGCGUUAAAGUCUCCUCGGCCGGGCCUGCGAACAUUUGGGACUGAGCGGGGCAGAGGUCGGGAUGUCAGAUUCCGGGAUGGUCUAAACGCAAGCGGUCAUCACAAUCUUCAGACCAUGUCUAGACCGUUCGGCAGCCGGAAAAAGCGAGUGACAUUCGGAGGGCUGCAAACCUACAGGGCAAAGGCUGGUGAAAGCCCGCAUCACCAUGGCACUGUAAUCCGGACCCACUUCGCGUCCCUGGUCAAAGAGAUAAAGUUAUCUUCCCCCUUUUACCGGGCUCUGAAGGAGAAGGGAGUCUUAACCACCGAGCAAGUGGGGCAGAUUGAGCUAGAGAGCCUGCCGGAACUGAAGGUGGCCAAACUUCUUGAGAUUGUUAAAAAUGCUGAGAGCCACGUGUUCGAGUCGUUUUGCAGCGUUCUGGGGGAGCUGGGAUAUUGGUACCUCGCCCAGACUCUUCGAACGGCCACUGAAGACAAGGACUGGGCAUAUGCAGGUGGCUCCAAGCCAACACAGCUGCCAAUGGGAGAUUGGAGUUCUGUGAGGCGCAGCCGUUCAAUCCCUGACCCAGGACGCAUUUCUAUAAAUGGUAAAUCAACCAUGAAAGAAAUCUUUCUCUUUUCCAAAGAAGCCAAUAAAAAUCUGAAAGAAGACAACCUGGAGUUGGGACAAAAGGUGGAAAUCAUGAGGGAAGAAUAUUUACAAAGGUUACAAGUACUUGAAGAAGAAUUAGCUUCUGUGACUCACGAAAGAGACAAGAAUGCGAGGGAACGUGAUAUCACAAUGUUAGAAAUUCAAGAGCUACAAAAUCUCAACCAUGAGCUUCAGGAGCUGAUAAUAAAGCUGGAAAAUUCUCAUUUUAAUGCAAUACGGAAAUAUCCUGGAAUCAGUGUCGACUUUGUUCCUGUACAGCCAAUGACUGAUGGGCAAAUAAGGCUGCUGCUUACCUUCAAUCAACAAAGGCAAACAAGUGAUUAAGUUGCAUGCAAACAGGCCCUUCGGUCCACUGAGUCUGCACCGACCAGCAAUCCCCAUACACUAGUUCGAUACGACGCUCUAGGGACAAUUUACAGAAGCCAAUUAACCUACAAACCUGCAUGUCUUUGGAAUGCAAGAGGAAACCAGUCACAGGGAGAGUGUACAAACAGCACCCAUAGUCAGAAUUGAACCCAGGUCUUUGGUGCUGUAAGGCAGCAACUCUAACGCUGCGCCACUGUGCCGCCCCCAAUGAUAUCCAUUGAGGAGCUUUGUUUGUGAUAUUGUACUUGCAGAUUGGUAUUUUAUUUGAAAGAAAAUCAACUCACUAAAAGGAUAAGCAAAACAAGAUGCUGGUGGAACAAGCAGCAUCUGUGGAGGGAAAUGAACCAACAAGGUUUUGGGUUGGGACCCUUCUUCGAACUGAUUAGAUUGAAUUUAUUGCGAAUUAUCGCGGAGAAUUAAUUGAGUAUUAUUGAAAAAUAAAUUAAGGUGAAGCGAGAAAUACGUUUCUGUUUAAUUAUGUAAAUCGUUAACAUUAAUAACUCUUUCAUUCAAUACACAGCCUGAGUU